AUGUCUGACGAUGACAUUGAUUUCCAUCCUAUAGAGCUCACAGCUCACUCACUACUAUCUGGGUCGUUAGAUACCCUCCAUGAGAACUUUGUGCUGCUUCACCAAUCGCAACAUAUACUUCUCACCAGAUUACGACUCAUAGAAGAUAGAUUGAAGCAGAUCAACACAGAACUGGCGGUAUCAGGGAAGGAAAUAGUUCAAGUCCAGGCUAGAAUCCGUGCUUUGCGGAAAAAGUUGUCAGAUGUGGCCAAGAUUUUGGUUAAGGUUGACAAAAGAGUAGGACAAUUGGAGGGUUGA